AUGGCUGCGUUCAUCUUUGACGAACUUGCCGCUGGCGUUGAUACCUUGUACCAAGAGGUGUCAGGUACGCUGGAAGCAGGUGAUUCUUUUACGACAGUUCAAAGGCCAUUGCUACGUGGUGGUGUGGAAGGGAAAGCACAGAAAUUGUACGACAGAAAGGCUCUGUCUUUCAGCCAGCGCAAGGCCGGUGAGGCCUGGUGGCGAGCUUGGCAUGACCACCGGGGACGAAGCGUUCACGAAAGCUUAGGUGACACCAUCGUCGAGACUUUUGGGCUGGAAAUGGACGACUUCAACGCGAACGUUUCUGCGUCAUCGUAUGGACAGCAGAUCUUGCGACGAAGCAUCCAAGAACAUCGCGUCAUGUAUGUUUGGAAUGCGUACGUGGAGCCGUUUGUCUUCCAGAAUGAACAAGUCAGCGGUAUCUACUUUCUGGAGCAAUGCUACGUAACUCUUGUCGACUUCUUCGUGAGCUCCACUAUAAAGUCACGCAGCGAAAAUGACGAGAACCUUCUACUCGACCAAGCGCUGGAGAAUUUCAACUCUGGAUAG